AUGGCAUCCAAACCCAUGAAAAUGCCAACUUCCCACGGCCAUACCGCGGGCAUAUACGCAGAUAUGUCUGUAGAUGGCCCCCGGAUAGGCACCCUGGUGGUCAUCUUCGACCGUGCCAAAAAUUUGCCUAACCGGAAAACAAUGGGUAAGCAGAACCCGUAUGUCGCUGCACGCCUGGGAAAGGAGGCCAAAAAGACAGAGACCGAUAUGAGAGGCGGUCAAACCCCGAGAUGGGACCAAGAGCUCCGAUUUACCGUGCACGAUUCUCCAGACUACAACCAGAUAAAGAUUUCGGUCUUCAAUGAUGACAAGAAAACCGAGUUGAUCGGAGAAACAUGGGUCGACCUCAAUGCAUUGAUUAUCCCCGGCGGCAGUCAAAGCGAUACCUGGCACGAACUCAAGUUCAAGGGCAAGUACGCAGGAGACAUCCGCAUGGAAAUGACAUAUUACGAUACGCGCCCGGAAGAUGAGACUGUUAUCGAAAGAAGAACGGUGGUCACGGAUAAACCUCAGCCCAAAGCCAGCUCUGUUCCACAGGGUGGACCGUCGUCACUGUCGGGACCACGCCAACCACGGCCUGUGAAGCGGCGACCUUUGCCCGACGACCCGACUGGAGCUUCUGUCCCGCGACCUGCGCCGGUGCAAGAAUACAUCCCACCAGCACCAGCACCAGCACCAGCACCACAACAAACAUCGCUCCCCCCUCGUUCCGCACGGGACUAUGUCCAGCCUUUGGCCACUGUUGAGCAGGUGCAGCCGUCCCAAUUCUCGGAGAUGCAGCACCCGCGAGCCCACGACGGAUCUUACGAGACGUACUACCCAGAUAAUAACAUCGUUAGCUCGCAAGAGCAGCAUGCGAACUCUUAUUAUCAACCACACCCAGAGCCUCAUCAUGCGUAUAACGAACAUCGUGACAAUCCGCCGGCAGACUAUCAUCAGCAAAGACGUCAGCCUAUUUCGGAUUCUCACGCUUAUUCGUAUGAUGUUGACACACGUGGAAAUGCUCCCUAUGAGGCUAUUGAGCAGCAUUCUCGACAUUUGCCUCAGCAGAGUUCCUACACGAAUCCGCUAGAUGGUUGCUACAGCCAUGACCCGGCUCCCUACCCACCUGGGUCCCGAGGCUCUCCAAACCCACCCAACUCUUACGCAGUAGUGCCUCAUUCAGGGGUACCUGUCGAACCAAUGGUGAAUCAUCCUACCAGUGUGACACCUAUACGGCACGGUAUGCAUGGACAGAGUCCCUCGCGUCAAAUGAUGGCCUCGGAAGAGGAACGACCUUUUUACGCUGCCAUGCAACCGACAGUCGAGGAUGAGAAUGAUGAGGGACCCCCUCCACCACCGCCAGUCCAUAGAUCAUCUGUUGGCCCGGCAGUGCAGCGUCCUGUGGCGAGCCCCAGUUCAUACAAACCAUACUCUCAUGAGUAUUCUCAACGCGCUGAAUCCCGGAGUCCUCACGCCCCCCCGGCCGCAUAUCCAACCGACCCGGACUUCUCGCAUUCAUUGUCCAAGUCCCCUUCUCAAGGACACGUCAGAGGCUAUCUUCCAGAGGCAUAUGACUCACCGGUCCCAUCAAGUCUCAUUGCAGGCUAUGAUUCUGCGAGUAUGGCAGUUGAGCUGUCGAGACCGACUUAUCCGGACAAUCGUGUUAGUCGUGUGCCAACCGGGGCACCUCCACAGUCUGAUAUAGCCUAUAUACAUGAGAACACCCACGCUCAAAAUUCAGUUCAACCAUUACGGUCAUCUCCGGCACCUGUUGAUCAGAGUAUUGUGCGCGCACAAUCUGGCUCGGUCAGCCCCAGUCCGCGUCCGUUAUCGUAUAGAAAGUCUGUCAGCCCGCGUCCCCCAUCGCGAGAUAACCGCGAGAUAGCAGGGGUGCCAUUCUCGCCGGACUCAUUUGAUGCUUUGAACCCAAGGAGAUCCCCGUCUGCGACCCGGGAAAGCAGGCCGCGCUAUGAGACUCCGGACCGGGAAAUGGAAAUUACGAAGCAAGCCGAUGUGGGGGCCGAUGAUGGUCCAAUUAUUGGUGAUGAUGGUCGCAUUAUUGAUCCUUCCGACCAUCUGCCGUCUGAAACGUGGGCUCCUGAGCCGGAGAAGAAGACCAAAAAGCCGGAGGUUAUCAUUCGCUUCAAGCACAAUCCCCAAAACGCUUCGCAUAGUGCUCGGUCAUCUCCUCGAGAGCAUCAUCAUUCGGCGUCCGUAACGCCAGAAUCGACUCAUCGGCAUACGAUCAGGCCUUGGAGCUAUAAGCCGAACGGCAGCCAGCAACCUCGGCAACAUCAUGAGCAUCCAUCGCCCACGACCUAUACACCGCCUCGUCCUGGAAGCCAAGGUCGGGAUUACGAUAGGCAUGACUCUUAUUCUCACCAACGAAAUCAAAGCACACAAGCAACAUAUAGCACACCUCCGCGCCAUAGAUCAGUGUCGCCGAACCCCAACCCUCAAACCUCUCCACUCUAUUCAUAUGGUAGUAGCGGACCCCCGAUUCCUGCCAAGGUUCCUAUUGCUACUCCGGUAGCGAAUAAUGGGUAUAAUCGCGGUUCCGGAAUGGAUGCUCUCAGCCAAGAAUUGCAGUCGAUAGAUAUCGGGUCUGGGGGAUACGAGCCUGUCCGCGCGGUUCGAAGAUAUGCGCCUAGACUUCCAGCCACGACUAGUGGAGGCUAUCGAUAG